AUGGCGUCUGCCUCCGACGAGGGGAAAAUUCUCCUGUAUUAUCAACAGACCAAAAGAGAGCACCAGUACCUCAAGAAAAAGACAGAGCAAUUCACCGAGUCCUUGAGAAAAGUCGAAGCCAUGUACGAAGCUACGCAAGAUCACGAGCUACGAAUGAACGACAUGGACACGAAGUUCACCGCGCUUGCUAAAGAUGAUGAAACUUUGAAAGAAUCCUUUAGGAAGAUGAGUUCAGAUAACCAUGCACGAUUUGAUAGGACCUCUCUGGAAUUGCAGGGCCUUUGGCGCAAAGUCUUACGCCUUGAAGCCUUGGAGAAAGAACAUGGGACUCGCGUCCAUAAUAAUGGCACUAUACUCCGUGACAUUCAGCACAAGCUUGCACAACUCGAUAAGGCCGUGGACGACUUGUCCAAAUCAAAGAGCAAGAUAACCAAACGUCCUGAUCAUCCGGAGAUAAGUCGUUUGGCGAAGGAACUUGAGUCUCUGCACGGGUUGGUGAACGACCAGAACGAAAGUCUACAAACGCUCAUGAAGGACAUUGACGAAGCAAGACAAGUAGUUCAACAAGCAGGCAAGGGAGUCUCACGAGCAACAGCAAAAUUAGAACUGCCUGAUACACGGCCAAGACCAGAGCCGGAGAGCACUGUUCAGCCGCAGACGCCCACACCUACUGCGCCGAGAAAACCAGUCGGAAGAUCGUGA